CGGGCUUUUACUAUUUCUUUAGUUUUAUUCAAUUUUCUCGGCAUUUCUCGUCCUCGUCUACCUCUCGUCCUCUCUCUCUCUCUCUCUCUCUCUUCCUCCCUAUCUCUCUGUGUCUGUCUCCCUGAACACGAUCGACAAGCUCUCGUCCUCUAUUCGGAUCGAUUCCCACCUCAGGAAAAGACCAAAAUCUCUUAAACACUAGAGUUUCCGUCGAAUCGAACAAAAAGUUUUUAUCUUUUUAUUCUUCUUCUGUGAGGGUUCCGUACCAAGAGGCUUGGCUUUGUCGAUUGCGUUCGUAUGUGCAAAUUAGGGUUGUGGUAAUUGUUUCGAUUCGUUUUUUAUUCAUUUGAUUAUCCCUCGUAUUAUCAAUUUCUGCUUUCAUUCUGUUAAAAUAUUGCGACUUUGAUCUGUUCUAUAUUCAAUAUUUGUUUUCCUUGUUUCGUAUAAACCCUAGGGUAGUUGAGUGAAAAAAAAUUUAAAAAAGAGUAAAUUCUUUGAUUCUAAUCCUGUAGAUAAAUUUCGGUACCUUUGUUUUCAUUUUCGUUUCCUUCUAGCUGCUUUUAGGUUCUUCUCAAGAAACUCCGUGAAAUUUUUGGGCGUCGUUUUAGUUUGCCAUCAGAAAUUGAGGGUUUGCUUGUUAGAUCUUCCCCUUGUUUCUUUCCAGAGAAAACCAAAAAAAAAAAAGAGAGAGAAGUGUUUAGGAUAUCUAGGGUUUGUGUAUAGUAGAGAAAUUGGGUUGUGGUGUAUAUUCAAUGGCCUUGAAUUUUUCCUGUCGACCAAUCUUUCCCGGACAUCUGUCUGAGGACAAUUUGGUUUCACCAAUGAGGAUUGCCAAUGGGUACCUCGUGGAGGGUAUGCCAGAAAGGAAUGGAGAUGGUUUCGGUAGGCCGUGGCAUUCGAACAGGCAAGUGGAAGAUUUCUUUGAUAGAUGUGAUAGGGGCGGCUUACAGGAUCCAGUUUCAAAUGACAUUCUUGAUCUUUUGCCUUCGGACCCUUUCGGCAUGGAUAUGAGUACCACGUUUACGGCGAUAUCGGGCUGGCUUGAGGAUUUGGAAGUGGACUAUGGUGGUUACGGAAGGCACCAUGUGGGGCCAAGUAAUGGUAAUUAUGAACUUUUUGCAGGAUUGAAUUUUAUUUGGAAUAAUGCUAUGAGGUUCCACGCUUUCCCUGGGAAUAUUGGGGUUGAUCACAAGUCUAAUGUAGCAAAUGGAUUUGCUGGGUGUUCAAAAGAGAAGGGAGAUGGUGAUGCCUCCUGCCACGGUGGUUUCGGAUCAGCUUGUGCAGUGGCUGACAUUUUGAAUUUUGGCAACGAAAGUUGUUCCAAUCAGAAAAAUGUAGAGUUUCAGGAUGGAAAUGGGAUUUUAACUGAUGAAGAUGGAGAUGGAGGAACUCCUCCUUGUGCUUUGAUGUUUGCCCUUGGUUAUCUGGGUGUACGGGAUCUCUUUGUUGUAGAGAAAGUUUGCAGGUCUCUCCGUUCUACUGUUCACGGUGACCCCCUCUUGUGGAGAAGUAUUCACAUAGAUCAACCAUUGAAUGAGAAGAUUACCGAUGAUAUUCUUCUGCAGUUAACCAACAGGGCUCAAGGAAGUCUGCAGUGCUUGAGCCUGGUGGAGUGCUCUAAGAUCACUGAUGAUGGUCUGAAGCGUGUGCUUGAAAGUAAUCCUAGGCUAACCAAGUUGAGUGUGCCUGGGUGUACUAAACUCAGUAUUGAGGGCAUCGUGAAUAACUUAAAGGCUUUCAAGUCUAAGGGUGCACAAGAUCUGAAGCAUUUACGAAUUGGUGGACUCUAUGGUGUGACACAGCAGCAUUUUGAAGAGCUGAAAUUUUUGUUGGGCACUGAUAGCCAAAUGCAGCAGAAUCCCCGAAGGCCCCAUUUUUAUCACAGAGGGAACUUUUAUCUGCCCAGUGAUGAUGAUAGCGACAUUGAUAUUGAAAUGUGCCCUAGAUGUCAGAACCUGAGGCUUGUUUAUGAUUGCCCUGCUGAGGUUUGUCCAGGGAAAAGACAUCCAACUCAGGUAUGCAGGGCUUGCACACUUUGCAUAGGGAGGUGUGUUCAGUGUGGUCGGUGCAUUACUGAUGAUGAGUAUGAGGAAACCUUUUGUCUCGAAAAGCUUUGCUCAGAUUGUGGGAAGAGGCAUAAGUCUCAAGAGAGGCAGGAUAGAAAGUAUGGUCCAUCCAAGUCUGUCAUUCUCCAUGAACAGAAUGAUGGCUUUGGUCAACAUGGCUAGAUACUGUUGGUUUUGUAGAUCUGCUGGUUUCAUGUUAUGGAUGAGAAAAUUGCAAGUGGUAACUAAGGCAUCUGACCAAGAAAAAUCAUGACAAACUUUAAGAUUAUGGUUCCUUUACCUCGUAUCGCUUGGUCAAGUGACUUUGUUGGGUCUAGCCCUAUUGGUUGACUUCAACUUUGGUUCUUUGUAUCUCAUCUGAAGCUCUGAGCCCACUGCUAUCUUCAUGAUGAAUAGAAAAAAAAAAUUGUAAAAAAUAAAAACAGAGGAGAUGGAAAUUUGAGGGAUGAAGGAUCAUCAUAAGCAAAGUUCUGCGUCCGUCGUCUGGGGCAUGAAGUUUUGUUAAUGGUGAUUCUUUUUGUUGGCUCUGGCACAAAUAAAAGUUUUAUGAGUUUGUUGGGUGAUUCGCCUGUGAAUAUUAGGCUGUGAAGUUUGUUGGCAUCUGACUGAGAUGUGAGGUAGCCUACGUUCAACAGUAGGAGUAACUAAGUGUAAAGAGCAAAGUGGAAAGGUGACUUAUUUGUUGUACUAUGCAUUUGCCAUCGUGCUCCAUAAACUCUUUGCUGGCCCGUGGAAGCACUCAUAUGCUGCAUUGAAGCGGGGUUGUGUUGAUUGUUCCAGUCAUGCGAUGAAUUAUGUCUAUCGAUCAGUGUUCCAGCUGUGCAGCGGUUUAUGAAGAUUGCUGUUCUAGUGGUAGUGUCUUCUGUGGCCCACUAUUUGGGUUAAAGCCCCAUGCAGAGGACCGCUCCUCUUCUACCUGGCUUUAUAUAUACACUGAUUUUUCCUGUAUCAUUUUUAAUGUCAUUUCCUGGCUUUGUUCUUGCUUAGCGCCAUUGAUGUAGCUAUGAAUGUUUCCUUCAACGGAAACGCUUAGUUGAUUUCAAAUGGGAAUUGUACCAUGUUAUUUCUUUCGAGGAGGGUUUUGUUGGUUUCAGUUAUGGUUUCUGGCAGUUAAAACUG